AUGCUUGCACUGGAACAAAAGCACAGGCUUAUAACAAGAGGGCUGGAGGAGAUUCUGGGCAAGGAAAAGCUUUUGCAAGUUCUCAAAGAGCGCGACCUCAGGGUGUACUGGGGAACUGCUCCAACAGGCAAGCCGCACAUUGGGUACUUUAUUCCUAUUGCAAAAAUUGCCGACUUUCUGCGGGCUGGCUGCGAGGUCACGGUUCUGAUUGCCGACCUGCACGCAGCGCUGGACAACCUCAAGGCGCCGCUCGAGCUUAUUGAGAAGCGCUCUGCCUACUACGAAGUUGUCAUCAAGGCCAUGCUCGUCAGCGCGGGGGCGCCAAUUGAAAAAAUACGGUUUGUGCGCGGCACCGACUACCAGUACACUCGAGAGUACGUCCUGGACAUGCACCGGCUGUCCACCAUGGUGUCUGUGAACGACGCCCGGCGCGCAGGGGCAGAGGUUGUGAAGCAAACGGACAACCCCAUACUGAGCGGGCUGGUGUAUCCGGGGAUGCAGGCGCUGGACGAAGAGCAUCUUAAGGUGGACGCCCAGUUUGGCGGCAUUGACCAGAGAAAGAUAUUUAUAUACGCAGAAGAGAUCAUGCCCAAGCUUGGGUACGAAAAGCGGGUGCACUUGAUGAACGGAAUGGUUCCAAGCCUUUCCGAGGGGAAAAUGAGCAGCAGCGACGCGCAGUCCAAAAUAGGCCUGGAGGACUCCAAUGCGCAAAUCCGGAAAAAAGUUCUUGCGUCCUUUUGCGAGGAGCGGAACGUUGACAGGAACCCUGUGCUGGCCUUCAUAGAAAGGUUUGUGUUCAACACGUUCCACUCGGAGGAAAACACAUGUGCAUUCCCCGUGAGCAUCCAGAAGCUUUCCGAAGUGCGCACAUACAACCACAUAGAGCCGCUUUCUGCAGACUUCAAGGAGGGGGUUGUGCACCCGCUAGACCUAAAAAUGGCGCUUGUCCAGCACCUGGUGGAGCUGGUGGCUCCUGUGCGAGAGCAAAUACUCCGCCACAAAGACUUGGCAGAAAGCGCGUACCCUGCGCCGGUCAAGCAGAAAGUGGAGAAGCACAAAAAGAAGGGUGAAAAGAGCCGGGCCAAUGCAGCACCAGGAAGUACGCAACAAGACAGCAUGGCGAAAUAG